AUGGACGGGUCUCCCAGGCUGGCACUGGGGAAGUGUGGCGAUGGUGGGCUCUUUGUGACCGACUACUUCACCCGCACACCACGCAAGCUGAGCCCCUUCCGCUCCUUUGCCAGCAUCGAGCUCUUCCACUUCCACAUCCCCGAGGACACAGUCAUCGCCGUCUGGAACCUCAUCACCUUCAAGGAGCAGGGUGGCACCUUCGGGGACCAAUGCCCAGACCGUAGCAUCACUGUGUAUUUCCGCUCAGGGGCUCCCUCCGUCAUUAACCCGCUGCACACGCACUUCCCCAGGGACACAGCUGUCCCUGGCUCCUUCGCAUUGACCCUCACCUGGACCCUGCCAAACCGCACCACGGGGGUGUUCAAUGUCACCAGCCCGCUGCCCGGGGACUGGUUCCUCGCUGCCCACCUGCCCAAAGAUGAGGGCAAGAUCUCCGUCAAGGGGCUCUACGAGGAGUGCCAGUAUCUCUUCCAGCCACAGCUCAUCGUGCAGCGCCUGGUGAACAUCGCCGUGCUGUACCCCGGUUAUGUCACCGAGCAGAGCAUGGCCCCCCACAACCGCUCCUGCCUCUACAAGGUGUUUGUGCCCAGCUACACGUCGCGAGUGCUGGUGGAGGUGCUGCGGUGCCGCGGGACCGAGGGCUGCCCGCUCUGGCUGCGCAUGCGGGCCAAGGCUCCCCCCUUGCACAACUCCACGGCGCUGGACUGCCGGGAGCACGCUCCCUGCCAGCUGGCGCUGGACCUGCCCUUCUGGCAGCACUGGUACUACGUGCUGGUGGAGAAACACCCCGGGGUGCCGGGCACUGUCUCCUUCCAGGUCACUGUGCAGCUCACAGACUGCUCCCGACCCAGCCUGGCCCGGCCACCCUUCCUGCCCUCCGUCCCCAUCCCCACCGCCUCGCCUGCCGGCGAGCGGUGCUGGCCAGUCCGCCCCACGCUGCGCAAUGAGCUGGACACCUUUUCCGUCCACUUCUACAUCUUCUUUGGGCCCAACGUAUCGGUGCCGCCCGACCGCCCCGCUGUCUUCGUCAUCAACCUCCUACCGGUGCUGGACAGUGGUGGGGUGCUCAACCUGGAGCUGCGGCUCAACGUGAGCUCCCUGUGUGGCGAGAACGUGACAGUGUUCGGGUGUCUGAACCACGAAGUCCCGCUGACGUCCGGUGACAACGCGUCAGUCACCUGCGAGACGGAGACCCUGGCAGGCUUCCUGCUCUCCGUCAACGCCACAGCCAGCCUCAGCCGCCUGCGGAUCCCCUACCCCCCGACGGGCAGCUGGUACCUGAGCCUGCGCUCGCUCUGUGCCACGGAGCACGGGUUUGAGCCUUGCACUAACGUGACGGCUGAGGUGUACCUGCGCGCCUACCUCUCGCCCUGCAUCAACGACUGCGGCAUCUAUGGCCAGUGCAAGCUGCUGCGCACCAACAACUACCUGUAUGCCGCCUGCGAGUGCAAAGCUGGCUGGAACGGCUGGGGCUGCACAGACAAUGCCGAGGCUUUCUCCUAUGGCUUCCAGCUCCUCUCCACGCUGCUGCUGUGCCUCAGCAAUGUCAUGUUUGUGCCUCCCGUGGCCAUCGCCGUCCGCAGCCACUACCUCCUGGAAGCUGCUGUCUACAUCUUCACCAUGUUCUUCUCCACUGUGACAUGUGGCGGGAUGUGCAUUCCCCUUGCAGGCAGCUGCGCAGCCCCUGGCCUGUGCUACGGCAGACACCAUGGGUGGCACAUGUCGUGCACGGCAUCUGAGCAGUGCCCGCCCCGCUACAUCCUCAAGAUGGAUAAUGACUGCUUCAACACGGGCUGCUUGCCCACCUUCCUGGCUGGGCUUGAUCUGGCAUGGACUGGCUUCUACAUGGCGUCCUUCUCCUGGGAGAAGUGGCAGUUCAUCCGCCAGCCCUCCAGCAAGUGGCACAUGGCAUGCCGGGACUACUGUCCCAAUGUCUACCUGCCCUACGCCAGCAGCAUCGGCUACAUCCUCUCCCUGGAUGUGGCCAAGAGAUUCUGGAGGUGGCUGGCACAUCUGCCCCAUCCCCAUGGAGUAUGUGGGCAUCCUGGUGGAGGUGGUGGCGGUCCAGCCAAGAGCCAGUGA